GUUCUUGCUAUUUUGAAUUUUUCUGAUCAUCAGGAUUCUCGAGAAUUGAUGUGCGUCUACUUGUUUCCGUUUUUUCGGAUGGAGAUGUGCCCCUGUAUUGUAUUGUCAUGCUCGCCGGCAUGAACAUCCGCACUGGUAAAUCUUUUGGUUAAUACUCCUCCAUCAAUCAAUUACUUACUUGUGCUUCAUCUACUUACUUUUAUCCACGAAUAUUGAUAAAUAUAAUUCGCUCAAUUAAUAUUUAUACUAUGGCAAUUUCUACAUCUACUUCUGGAUUUUUUUGAUAAACAUUGAAAGAAUGAUUACGUCUAGUCGUGGUUUUGACUUGCAAGUCGGCAGCGACACGGACUACAUCCAUGAUGUGGCCUUCAAUUACUUCGGCACUCGCGUUGCCUUCUGCACGUCGAGGCAAAAAAUCUCGAUUUGGGAGAAGAAAGCAGUUGCUGACAGCUUUCCCAGGGAAGCAGCGACACCAAGUACUGCACAAACAGGAGGUUCUUUUGCUGCGCUGUCAAAAAGCUUCGGCGGACCGGCAGGUCUUGGAGCCGGCCCAGGCAGUAGCAUACUGAGCCACUCAGCGGCAGACGACACCCAGCUGGAAUGGAAGGAAAUAGCGACAAUAGAUUGCGCGCAUAGUGGGCCAAUAUGGCGAUUAGACUGGGCCAACCCAGAGUUUGGCCCUGGGGUUUUCGUGUCAUGCGGAGAGGAUCGCGCGGUCAAUGUUUGGUCAGAAAGAACCUACGGAGAGCGGUCAGGCUGGAAAAAGCGAGCGUCGAGGUACAAUUCCGGCUCAACAAGAAACUACGCGGAAUAAAUAGUGAUGAAUAAGAGUUGUAAGAAAUUUGGUGCUUAGUACUACUAGGUUGGAAGAAGUCUUAAUGAAGACUAUUCUUUAUGUAAUGACCUCUAGAUCUAGUGCGAGCGCGAUUUUCGCCUUUUCUUCUUACUUAAUACAUUUUUGACCUAUUCCUGAUCCUGACAACUAGGCUCGAUGCGACGAAAGCAGUUGUGGACGUGCGCUUUGCUCCACGACACCACGGCUUGAAGAUGGCGUCGGCGUCCUUAGAUGGUUUUGUGCGAGUGUACGAAGCACCAGACGCCCUUAACCUUGGAGACUGGCUGACUGAGGAUUACUGUAUAUCCAACAGUCGGGAAGGUGUGCAAGCACUUAGUUGGUCGCCAGACAUAUACGCUGAAUACAUCGCAGCGGUACUUCAUUUUUCUUUCUCGACGUCGCAUGUCUUGUUCUUUUAUCUUGCCUAUUUUGUUCCUUUGUCUAUGGUGCUGUUGUCUGGUUUUGUUCAAUGUCAUCUUUCGCCUUCCAUUUCAAUUGACGACGAACAUCGCGAUUUUACUCGAUUUAGCAUUCAUGCAUCAUCAUUUUCGAUUCCACCUACAAAUAGGUCGGGACUGAUGGGAAGGUUUACAUUCACACCAAAAACGUACGGAAAUGGGAGCAGCUUCAUAGUGAGCGUCACCACGCAGAGCCUGGAUCUGUGAAAGAUGUCCAAUUCUCGCCAAACCUUUGCCGACCCUAUGACCUUCUUGUGACUUGCGGUAGGGACGCGAAGCUGUGGCGAUUUGAUACAGGGCCCGAGCAGACAAAGCUCACUGUGGUACAACCUGAUAUUCAAAAUAGCUGGAGAAAUGAAACUUCAUGGUUUCCGUUUUAUGAUAUUGGAGUGCUCAGUUUGAGCAGCAAGAGCCUUUUGUUCUUGCAGCUCGUUAAGGAGUUACGCUGCACCCUCUCAUUCAGUACCACAGCAAUUUUAGGAAAGCAGAUCAAAUUCAAAUUACAACUUGUUCCCCAUGUAUGAUAAAUCGCCCAAUUUACUAUAAUUACAGCUUCGUGUGCUCUGCGAAGGCCCGGACUUGAUAUGGCGCGGUAACUGGAAUAUGACCGGCACUAUGUUGACUCUGAGUCCCGAGUCGGGGGAUAUUCAGGUUUGGACCGUGAAUGCGCGUGGUGAGUGGGCGAGCUCGUACGAGAUCAGACACAAAGAUGAGUCUGUGAGCAUUAAGCAGUCCGCAAGUGUCCUGGCCUGAUCAGGGAAGAAUGGCUGCAGUCGAUUAUCACUAUUGGUUGCUCCCUGAGUUAAUACUUGCCUGGAGCGACGUGUGACGGGUAAUGUUCAAAUACCCAAGACCCUAGCCCAUUUGCUUUAUGCCGACUUCCCGCGCAUACUUUCCAUUUCCAACACAGCACGCGCACAACGACAGACUGCCUCUUGCAUGAC